AAACAGAACAUGCAGUGGCACGUCCAUCUUUCGUAUCCUCGGCGCUUUGCUCGCAAGGUUGCAAGAGAUCAAAGCCAGGACGCCUGAGCACAGUGUUUUCAGUCGAAGAAGGUCUGGAGGUGUCGCUUGCGCUAGCAGCUUGCGGCAGCAUUUACUUCGUUUGGGCUUUUUGAUCGAGACAUCCGGAGUCUUGAGAACAGUUUCUUUGGGUCCAGCAAACAGACACAGGCAUGGCACACAAUGAUGAAGUGCCGUCUCAAUCGGUGCAGCAGAUUUUGAAUUGCCAGUACCAGGAGUGGUAUCCCCACUUCAAGAGCCUGUCCUUUCGCAGUGAGAUCAUUCCAAUCCCCAGGUCAUUUGUCUCCUAUCUUCUCGAUGACGGGGGUGUCUUUCUUCCUGAGUCAAGCGACGCCUUGCCGAGAAGGUUUCACGAAGAUGAAUUUUCUGCGGUUGACAACAGUGAGUAUCGGAGGUGGGGGGAGGAGCCAUACUCGUCGCAGGACGAUGGCGAGUGCAUGUCAUCAGAGGCACGUUCGUUCCCUGAGCUCGAGAAGACCCUGGACGAGGCCAUCGCUCGGCUGGGGGGCACCGUGGUUCCCAAGCUCAAUUGGAGCUGCCCCAAGGACACCGCUUGGGUUAGCCCCUCAGGGAGCGUCAAGUGCGACAACGGGGCCGAGGUUCUCCUUCUUCUGAAAAGCUCUGACAUCGUCGUGCACGACCUGUGCCACGCUUUUGACAACUGCCGGGACGGGGGGCUCACUCGGCCGGAACACUUCGUCCUGGUGCUCAAGAAGUGGCAUCCGCUGAGGCCCGAGAUGGAGUUCCGGUGCUUCGUGAAGGGGAACCAGCUUCGGGGCAUCUGCCAGCGGGAAGUGACCUCCUUCUACCCGAGCAUUCUGGAGAGCAGAAAGGAGCUCGGUCCAGUUAUCGAGACCUUCAUCCAGGACCACGUUCUGGGGCAUUUUCCGGACCCGGACUUCGUCUGUGACGUCUAUGUGACGUCAGACAGACGGGUCAAGAUCAUGGACUUCAACCCGUAUGGAGGCGGCACUCUGCCGCUGCUCUUCUCGUGGUCUGACUUCGAGGAGGCAGGCACGAGCGAGAGGAGUUCGGAAACGAAACAAACACAUCCGGAGUCGGGGCGGGGUGAAUCGGCAUCGACCGGAGUCUGUGCGGAGGGAAGAGAGCCGGGAGUAGGACUGAGAGUGUCCACCUCUCGAGGGGCGAACUUAGACCGGGAAGGAAGCGAGCAGAACGAAAUGAACGGAGAUGGCACAAGAAGGUCGGGUAGGACGGAGACGAGUUUUGGGUCCAAUGAAACGGCGGAACGGCCUGAUCGAGGUCUCAUCGUAGACGAACUUUCUGCUGCCUCGAGGGGAGAGCAAACGCGGAGCCCUGUAGAAUUCCGGAUAGUGGAGACGGCUAUGGGGGUGAUGCCCAGCAUGGCGAUUGCGGGUGGGGCGCCGUUUGAUCUAGUGGAUCUGAGCUCGGGAGGGGCGAUUGACGAUUUCAUCAAAAGAGCGGCAGAGGCGCCGGGUUCCGAUUGACCCUGUUGUACUGCAUCAAGGUAGAGGGCGCCCAGUGAUUGCUCAUUCGAGAUUAUUUAGAAAUUGUAUCGACCUCAGCCUUCGGUCUGCAUGGACGAUUGUUCGGUCUUGUGUUCAAAGGUGACGUUGCUCCGGUACGUUACGAUGUCAGCUUGUGAUUUCUUCAAGAUGGAUAUGCUCGCUCCCUAUAUGACAUCAGCGACGGCCUUGCUCCGGUUCACUC